UUGCGUCCUUAGACGUUGGAAACAACGUCACGAAUUUCGCAAAAAUAGUUCCGUCUAGAAAUAGCCUGCGGUAGUUCCAAUCCACUUGCUGGCUGAUGGGAAACUGAGACUCAGAAACGUUUUUCGCGUGUAAUCGACCGUUUAAAAAUAUCGAAAAGAACGAGUUGCCGUCGAAAUCGGGUUUGUGGGUUCGUUUAUUCGCGAGAAAAUGUCUUAUUUCAGUUUUAGACGUGGUGCUGCUCUUGGGAAACACCAUGGAGGUAGAUAAAACCUUGUCCGAAACGAUUGAAAAAGAUACACCACGGGUUCCCAUUAAGACAUAUCAGUGGGAAGACGUACGAAGAUCUCGUAAAAAAGGAGGAUACCCUUGGACUCACAUUACAAAACCACCAUACGACGGUGAAGAAGACCCUGAAGGUUACACUUUAGAAGCAUAUAGAAGAAGUCGCAGUCGAAGCACUUCGACAAUCGGAAAAGCACGAAGCGAGAGUGCUUCCACAUUUGGUGAUAGAAGCCCGUCGCCAUACGAUCGACAAAACGAGGAAAGCUUGAAUCAUUCCAGAACACCCUCGACUGUCAAAGCCGAUCAACAUCAAACAAACAAAAAAAACGGCGUAACGUCCUUGAGUCAACCGAAUUUUGAACAUUUUAGAGAAAGAACAACGACUUUCGAAAGUCGCUACGAAAGAAGCAUCAGCCCUCCUUCGAACGAACGGACUCGGAGUUUAACAAGAGAUUUAACUUCAGGGAGCUUUAAAAGAAGCAAAAGCCCUUCUAGGAGCUUUUCAGAAAAGAAAAGCGAGAGUCCUCCGAACCAAAGAAGGAGCCGAAGUCCCACAAGAAAGGAGACUACGAAUUCAACUAUUGAACAAAGCAAAACCAACAUGGAAACAAACGAACCUAACAGCAAAGACACAAAAAAUGAACUGGAUCUCGAUGGCAAAACAAACGAAUCAUUUACCAAGAGCGACGAAAAUGUCAAUGAACCAUUGGAUGAAAUUUCGUUAUCUCCAGAAGAAGAAGCAACAAGUACACCUGCAACAAAAGACACGAGGUCUCGAAUUGAAGAAAAGGCAGAUUCUAAAAGAAAAUUAAAGCGACGACUGAGUGUACAAAGUAGUUAUAGUAGAAUAAGUCUUACCAAACAGAGCAUUUUAGACAGAAUCAAAAGCACAAAGAGGUCAAUAAAACCGUCCAGACUAGUCAAACGUUCAAGAUCGGACGUCACCUAUGAGAAAAAACCCAUCAAUACAAAAGGAAGAAAAAGCAUCGACACUACAAAACACAUUGAUAAACCAGUUUACAUUCAUAUUCCUCUAAAACCCCCACCGGGUCAAACAGAUGAAUUUUCGUAUUUAGAAUUUGAGAAAGAUCCUCCUCCCGUAGGACAACUCCCAGAAAAGAAAAACGGUAAAAAGGAGGUCUUCGGAGACGACCGGGAUGGCAGUCCUAUUGUUGGGGUGAUAUUAGAAUUCGAUGAUCCGGACAAAAAAGACGGAUACACAUCUAAGGAAAUAAACGACAUCAUCUCUAAAAUGGGAAACGGUGCCAACGUGCAACAGAUCGAUGCCAAAGACUUGUUCCCCGAAAUAGCAGAACAAUCAGCAAAAAUUAAGGAAAUAGUAGACAGUAUAGACGAUAAAGCCAAAAUAGUGGCAACAGAUGGAAAAGAAGUUCUCGAAGAGGUGGAAGUAAACAAUAAGGCAGAAGUAUUGGAAAAGCUAAAACAAGUAGAAAACGGUUCCACCCAAAGCAUUAAAGCAACAGAUGAUAAAGAUGUACAAAAUAAUUCUCUACAACCACCAGUACCUCAGCAGCAACAGAAUGAGCAAAAUCAUUUGAACGUACAGUCAAAUGACGGCGUGCAAAUACAGGAAAUGUCAAGUCGAGAAGGAAGUACGUCUUCAGCUUCGAACAGGAGUCCUGGAAUGCUAACCGACAAACCAAUAACAUCAGAACCAGACGAGGACAACAUAAGUCAAUACCUAGACAAAGACGAACCUAUUGAAGUUGAAUCGAGUAGAACGGAAAGUGCCGAACCUGAAGGCACGACUAAAGUCAAUACAGAUAUUGUCGAAAAAAUACAGCCGCUGAAGGGAAGCGACUUGGAUGUGCCAAAAAAUAGAAAAAGAGCUCGAUCAGAAGAACCAUCCACCAGGAAAAGGAAGCUUUCUAUCGAAAGUAGUUAUAGCCGAAAGAGUCUUUCCAAACUGGCAUUCUUGAAAAAAUUCAAAAACUUUACCGACAAAAUAAAAAUUCCUUCUUUGAAAAAAUCGGAAUCCAAAGAAAAAAUAAAAGAGAAACCGAAAGAAGAAAAGAAGGAAGACGAUAAAGAAGUAGCCCAACCAAAAACUAAGGAUAACUUAAAAAAAUCGAAAAAAGAAGAACCAAAAUAUAUUUACAUUCCUUUAAAGCCACCAGAAGGAGAAACGGAUGAAUUCUCUAAAUUCGCUGACGAACCUCCCACAGAAUCAAAUGUUUCAAAUAAGGAACUUAAACGGGAAGAUACUGAAACCUCGGUAGAAACACCAACGAAUGACGUUCAAAUUAUUAUUCUAACACCUCCUUCUGAUGAUGAAAUAUUAGACAGUAAUCUUCCGGAGACUCCAUCCGAAACCGACCAGAAAUUCUUUGACAAUAUGCAAAUAGAUAACUUAAAACAUUUGGCAAAGAAGGUUGUAGAUGAGGUGUAUCCAAACUCCCACGAAUUACAAACGGUACAAGAAGAAAAGACUGGAUCGGACGAAAAUUUAACCAAAAAUGGAGUAAUAGAAGAAACUAAUAAGAAGGAAGACGAUAGUAUUAAGACAGAACAAAAAAUUGAAGAAGAACCAACCAAGACAACUCCAGAAGAAAGUAAAGUACCUCCAAAAGAAAUUGAUGGGGCCUCUAAAGAGGAAAGGGUUGUUCUUCAAGAACGAAUAUUAGUGGACGAAGAAGAUGGUUUAAAAUUAAGUGAAGUAGCAGUCGCCAUGAUAAACGAAGAAUUGGCUAAAGAAUCGCUACCACAGACUCCUUCGGACAAGGUCAAAGAAACACCAGCAGCUGUUGAAGAUGUGGUGAAGAUAAAGAAGAAAGUUUUAUUCAAAAAUAAGAAGAAAACUGACGAUGGAGAAUACGAAUACAUUACUAUUCCGGACUCACAAAGAAGUAGCUACGCCGAAGAUAAACCAGAAGAAUCGGAUACAUGCCAGAUUAAAGAAGACGUAGAAUUGAUUAAAGAUAAACAUGAAGAAGGAUCCCCCAAUGUAGACGGGAAAAAGUGGUCCGAAAUAGAUGACCAUGAGUACGAGCCCAUAAACCCACCAUCGGACGAAAUGGCGCACAGCGGUCCCCCUAAGAUUCAUAUCACCUCACCCCAAUUGCACACUCGUAUACACGACGUCCAACAUGACAGUGCCCUGAGUAGUACCACAUCUCUGGAAAGACAGUACCUUGGCGGAGCCAGUGGCGAUGAAGACCUCUCAACUAGAAAUGCGGAUAUUGAGGAGGCUGCUGUUACUCCCCAAGAAUUACAAACUCAAAUAGAGGAAAGGUUCUUCACCGCUACUCCAAUGACUGCCCCCUCUAAACAAGAUACUGACAUUGCCAACAGUCAGACAGAUUCUUCAACUGUUCAAAGUGUAUCCGCAACAAAAAAUGACUCUAAGAAGAGUGGUGAGGACAAACCAGAGGACCAACAAGGUAACAAAUUCAACGAGGCCAUAAAGCACCAAGCUGAAGCACUAAAGGCCCAAGCGGGGAAAAUCAAAUCAAAGUUCCAAAAUAUGAAAAAACCAAGCAUAUCGAAGCCAAAAUUUCAAGCACCUUCGUUCAAGAUGCCGAAGUUGGGGGAUCGUGCGAAAAUACAUAUGCCUUCUUUCAAGAAAAACACCGAAAAACGAUCUUCUUGGCAAGAACAACGACAAUUUUCGACCGAAUCAAAUGUAGGAGAACCUAAAAAGCAUUUCGACUUUGGCACUUUUCCCAAAUUGUUUGACAGAAGCAAAAAAGGUAGAAAGGGAAGCCUCGGCGAUUUUGACUCCGCUCCAUCGAACGUUCAAACUAAUGAAGCAGCACCACAGCCUGAAUUUGCCACUGUUCCAAGAGCAACCAGAAAGAAGGAACCAGUAGGGUCCAGGUGGUCGAGUAAAUUUAAAGACAUCGACUUUGCUGAUGACGAACAGAAGGAAAAUCUUUCAGAGCAGAGACCAACUUCUGUAAGAAUUUCCCUUCACGAAGAAAUCGAAGAUAUUCCAGGCGAUGGUUCCCACAUAAGAUACAACCAAGAUAUAGACAUAGAAGAAGACUUCGAAAGGGAAGAUAAACAAGUUCAUGAAGUGUCGCCAUUGUCCCAGGAAUAUUUGAAGAGGUGGGAACACGGGGAGUUCCACGAAGGACCAGUCCCUGCGAGACAUCGCUUGCAAAUAACUGACUUAGAUGAACCCCAAACUCCUCCAGAACUCGAGCUGCCACGAUCAAAUGGCGUUCAUUCUUCAGGAAGUUUAAGCGAUCACAGGCGUGGUGUUAUAGAAGAAAUUGAUUCAGACGAGUUCUUUUUGAGAGAAAAGGGAAUUUCUCAAGAAGACAUCGAAGUUGGGAAAUAUCUCAGUACAGAAAUAAGAGAAGCUUUCAGAAAUCCAGUCAAUAGUUUAUCACAAAUAGAUGGUCUAAAUGGAGAAUCGGAUCAAUCUCUACAAGAACCACCUCCGAGAAAGAAACCCGCCAGAAAACCAAAGAGAAAGAAGACACCCCAUGUAUCACAAGAAAAUGUAAGCUUUGAUCAAGAAUCUGUAACGGAACCAGAAGAAUACCGCACAGAUGAUAUUAGAUCAUAUCCUCCACCUUCCCGUCCGAAACGGAGAAGUAAAAGUAAAAAAUCCAAAAAGAAUAGUCAUAUUCCAUAUCAAGAAACCAUAGCAAUGGAUGAAGAAAAUUACAAUUUGGAUGAAAAUUUAAGAGACAUUGAAUCAGAUAUUUUGCCAGACAACAUUCUUAGUUCUGAUGUUCAGCAAAAUGGAUUCCACCAAAAUACAAGGCAGGUGUAUGAAAAUGAACACAUGCAAGGAAUAGAACAACCCGAAAUUGUAGUCUCGAACCCAUAUGCCAAAAGGGAUUUCCAACCAGAAACUGAACAACCAGCUCCACCCCCAAGAAAACACCGAAGUUUGAAGAGUUUAAACAUCUCAGAACAAGAUUCUAUUCUUGAUGACAGCAUUGAUUAUAAAGAUACUCCCAUGCAGGAAAUGGUUGUAUACAGAGGAGAGCAUGAGUACAUCAUUCCAACCCCGGAACCACCUCAACGCUCUAGAAAAACCCGUUCUAGGUCUCAAUCGCACGUAGAUGACGAUCGAACAUCGAGAGGCGCCGAUUCUCUAACAUCCGAGAAUCUUGUGCCAGUGGUUGAAGAAAUUUGCAUAAAAGACAUUCGAGACAGCAGUGGUUACGCAAUUAUCGACAAACAGAAACCAAGAGACCCUCCUUUGCCGCCUUCACGUUUUCCAACCACUCCACCCAGAAAACGUAAAAAUAAGAAUAUCGAGAAGACCAAAGUAAUUACACAAACGAAAUUCUUUACUGUACCACGCAAACAGCAAAGCGCAGCACCCCCCGAAAGACCUACCCGUAACUAUAGCACCCUGGGUAGUCCAAGCAAACCAAUCAGAAAAAAGUCGUUAUCUUCAUCACAUGUAAAUGCAGAUAAUAAGGAAAACAUUGAUAUCAGUCAAUACACAGAGAUCGAAGAUCAACCUGUUAGAAGACUUCAAUCUGGCGAAAUUGUGCAGAAAAUGAAAGACAGACCCCUUCCAGCACCGCCACGUCCACCACGUCGGCAAAGAGAUGGUAGGGAAGCCCUACAAGAUAUAACAAAUGGCGAUAGCCAACCAUCAGGGUCUGAAGAAAAGGAGCACCUAUUCGACGAAACUGAAGUAUCAACUCAGACCGAACCGUUACCUGACGAUGUCAUAUGCGAACCUCUCACACAAGAAGAAACAGAUAGAGUCAUUUUACCAACAGAAGGAAGGAAAGCUGAAAAUAGAAAACAAGAGUCUUUUGAAGAGACCAUUACCCAUGGAGCAUUGAUAGUUCAGCCUCUACCUUACUCUGCCCUACAUCAGACAGGACCAGGAGUGGAAAGAGUCAUACCAACUCGACUCGAAGAAUCCGAUGAAGAAACUUCUGAAAUUCCAGAAGAUUUCAAAAAAUUAAAGUCACCUUCACAACCUACUGAAUCUUCAGCUGACAAGAGACCAAUAACUCCAACGUUUGACUCCAGUGCGGAAAUUGAAUUACUGAAGACUCAGAAACUUCAAGUGGCCGAUUUGGACGUAGAUAAACUAAGAGUCAACCAAUUACAAGCAAACAAAAUAAUGGUAUCAGAAAUCGAAGGAUUCAGUAUACAGGUUAACGAAAUAAAUUCACGCUCGGGGAAUUUAGUGGUGAGUGGAAUAGAAUUGCCACCUCAUUUAUUGCAAGAAUUAGUGGACAGAUUGCAGUCGAUAGUUCCCCAGCAAUCUUCUCAAUUCGAUGAAGAACAGAGUGCUUCACAAAGAACAGAAACUGAAAGCACAUUAAAAAAUCGACAAGAAUCUGUUCCAGAAGAAUCGAAAAAAGGAGAAGAAAGCGAGCAACAAAAAAAAACUCCAAUUAAUGAAGAAACAAUUAUCGAAGAAAGCAUUAUAGCUUCUCAAGUUGCUGAAAGUCAUGGACCUUUAAAAGAACAAUUUGAUGAAGCCGGCUUGCAGGUGAAGUCAGAACAUGUUCAAAAUUUAGAAAAUCAACAGCUCCUCUUAAACCAACAAGCCCCCGGCGAAUCUGAAGACGAGCCUCCAAAGAGACCACCCCGAAAAGCUUCAGUUACCAGUGCUUCAAUUACCCAAGAAACAGAAGAAGAAACCCAGUUGAAUUCGUCAUCCCAAAAAGCCCCUCCUUCCUCAAACUACUCGGCGUCUGCAUCUUCGCUACAAUCAAUAAACGCAAACGAACCUUCGUCGACCAAAGAGGUAAAAGAGUCAGAAAGAGAAGAACCCCCACCGCGACCCCCUCAACCCGAGUAUAUAGCCUCCCAACCGCCCGCUAGCUUUUUUGCCCUUAGAUCGCAACCCUAUUCGGAACUUUUAACCGAAGCCAUUCCGAUGCCUCCCCGUAGAAAACGCCACUUUAGGGCGACAUUAGUAACACAAUCUAGUUCGGAGGACAAUAUUUCGCCACCUAGGAGACACAGAUCACCUGAACCAUCGAUUCCACAAUUAACCGGACAAUUGACUCGAGCUUGUAUUAUCAGUGGAGAAAAUUUGAUACGAAGACUGAUAGCAUCAUUUUCCGAUAACGUGUUGAGAAAUAAAGACGGAAAACAAGAUGCUUAUGUGAUGAUCAUUAUUUUAUUAGUUCUUAUUGCAGGUAUUCUUCUUCUGACCGGAGAUCCGAAAAUCAUCGUGCAUCAUCAUCAUUGGGAAUAUUUUAAUCCACCGCGGGAUUUGUGAUAAAUUGUUAGUUACAACGGUAAACUUAAAGUGUUUUGUGUAUGUAGGCAUGCAGCGGUUUAUUUUUUCAACUUUGUAAGGCGAUCGCUGUAAAGACAAUUAAUUUUUUGCGAAACGGAAGGAUACGUUUCUAUCUUCAGGUUUGAAACGAUGAUUUGUGAAGUAUGCACGAUUUCCUGUCUAAAUAGUUAGGGAAAGAUCUAAAACCAUUUUAACUAAUUAACUCCAAUUAGUCAUCAAUACGUUUUCUGCCAACAUCACAAGUACAAAGUCAUAAGAUACGUGAAUUGGGAAAUGUGUUAAAACGACGAAUAAAAAAAACAAAAUAGCAUUUAAGAAUAAAUUAAACUUCCAGGUCAAUUUCGUUUUAAUUUUCUAUUAAAAGAUCUGCUAACAAGUCCAUAAAAGAAAUGUAAAAACAUUCCUAAAUUGAAUCACUGGAAUAAUAAAUGGUGCUAUUUAGAGUCCUUUUUGCAAAUUCUAAUUUUUUCACUUGUGCGGUUUUGAAAACAAAAAAAAAGUUGGGGCAAGUUUUAAAAUUUAAAACUUGAAUUCCAAUAAACAAUAUGCACUAAUUUCGACUUGUAAAUAGUCUCAUAUACAUGUACGUAAACAACACGAUUACUAUGUUAUCACGUUUGCUCUUGUGUAAAAUACAUUUUAAUGAAAUCGAAAUUUAGCUUUGUUAUAUGUAAAUUUAUUAAA